AUGCAUCAAAUGGAAAGGAUCGUACUACAAGAAGCAGAACUAGGCUCAGCCCUGGAACUAUUAGACUACACAAGACAGAAGUGCGAUCAACAACACGACGCCAUUGUGCAGCGUCUAGAAAGCUGUGAAGAAAUGUUAAGGAAUUUAGAGAAUGGAGCAACAGAAUCAUCCUCCGUCGCGAGUCUGCUGAACGAAGAAGAGUACGGACGAUGGAAGCAAACGAAGGAGAUGGUCACAACUAUCUUACCUGAAGUACUCAUCCGAUUGGAAGAUAACAUCGAGCUGAAUAACGCCAAGACUCGAGACGUUCGGGACAAGAUGGAGGAGCUUCGAGCAAAGCGUCUCGCUCUUCGAGAAGAGAUCGCGGUCAAAGAAGAAGACAUUGCGUUGAUGCUCAAUGAUAAAUCAUCUAAGUGA